CACAAGAACUUGUAGGCGUGGUGCAGACGGAACGAACUGGAACACACACAAUCAAACAAACACCACAGGGCGGGGAAGGAAGCACAAUAAGGCAAAAGGCAAGGAGGCAACGACAACAGACUGCAGAAAGGCACAAAGACGGGGGGGCACGGGGGAGUUGGGGGGGCAGACCAUACAUAACUGCACAAAACAAGGAAAGACAAAAGAAAAGUGCAAGUACACAAAGAUACCCCAAGCAUAAGACACCAGGCAACAUCAAAGGACAAUGGGUGGAAGGCACGGGGGAGGCGGGAGGGCAGACGUCACUCAAACACAGAAAGAGGCAAAGCAAAAAAAUACAAGUCCCCACGCGUGGGAGGAUCUGCGGCAAUGCGACGACGCGACGGAAGACUACUUCAAGGACAAGCUGCGCAUGUCGCCACGGGUGUUCCGGGAGAUAGCGGAAACUCUGUCCCCCUUCCUUCAACGGCGUGUCACGUUUUAUAGGGAGCCCCUUCAGCCUGACCUCAUCGUAGCGUUCGCUUUGUACAGAUGGGCGUCGGGGGAGACGUACGAGAGCGGGACGUGCAGCUUCGGCAUUGGCAGAAAGUCUGGGUUGGUGGUUGUGCGGGAUGUUACUUCGGCGUUGCUGAGUGCGUACCGCGACAAGAUAUCGUGGCGAACGGGGCUGCAAAAGGCGGUCGUCUUGCGCGCUUUCGCUGACAAGGAUUUCCCCAACUGCCAUGGCUGCAUCGAUUGUACCCACAUCUUCAUCGACAAGCCAGCCAAUUGCCCCGGAGAGGACAUCUACGACAGAAAACGUCGUUUCUCCGUCCAGGCUCAGGUGGUCGUCGAUCUGAACUUGCGCGUGCUGGAUGUGUUCGCCGGAUACCCGAGGAGCAACCACGACGUGAGGAUCGUCCACCUGUCCAGUUUGUGGGUGCGUGCGGAGGCAGGGGAGCUUUUCACUGGGCCACCUGUCAUGCUGCCUUUCGGUGUGCGAACAAACGGCUACCUACUGGGCGACAACGAUUACCCCCCCUCGGAAUGGGUAGUCGUCCCCUACGGCGGUGUAUCACAGCACCCGUCGGAGAUUCGGUUUGACAACAAGCAGAAGACGGCGAGGGGAGCAGUCGAGAGGGCUUUCGGCAGAUUGAAGGGGAUGUCGAGGUUGUUCCUUCGCUCCCACAAGACGAACAUGGAGACGUUGCCGCAGCAAUUCGUCGUCGUCUGCAUUCUGCACAACAUACUCAUCGACGCGGGCAUCCCGUUCGACGACAAUCUGUUGUGGGAGGUCGGGCCGGAUGGUGUUCGUCGCAGGGUGGACCUUGGGAUGCACCGCCCGUUGAGGCAGAUGUGUAUGGAGUCGUCGACGGGGGAUGCGCUGAUCCUGCGGGAUGCACUGGCGGAGCGAAUGGGUACUCAGUGAAUACGAGCAGUCGUCGGGAGCGGGCGGCAUGCAAAGAGAGAGAGAGAGAGAGAGAGAGAGAGAGAGAGAGAGAGAGAGAGAGAGAGAGAGUGUUAAUGGGUCGGUGGGCGUUGGCGUGCAUGCGGUGGCUUGUCUGGCGCACUUUAGUUUCCUGUACUUUCGCAUUGCGCCGCACUUAGGAGGUUUUCGCCGGGUGGGGUUUAUGGCGAUGGCACAGUCCAUCUCGUCGGCGGCGGGGGUUUCGUGAUGCGCGUGUGGUUGUAGGUCUUUGCGACGAUUUGCAGUGUGGUGCCACCGUCAGUGACGGGUGUGAGUGACGGAGGUCAUUUCCGGGUGUGUGUGCUUUUUUUUUUUAGGCUGGUCGGGAUCGAAGUUGCCUUCAAGGCCUGUUACAUCGUAACUGUGACGUGUUUUGCUUUUGCCGGGAGUGACAGCAUGAAGAUAACAUAUCUUGUAAUCUUUUUUUUGAUGUCGUGGAGGUUGUUCUGCGUGUUCGUGACGAAUGGCAAGUAUUUUGUUAAAGAGAGAGACGUUGUGUGUGUGUCAUUUUUAUUGCCUUCAUUUGUGCUCGCAUUUGGAAUGGGUUGUGUGAAAAUUCAUCAAUCUGUGAUAAAGCAUUUGUUGAAUC